AUGUCCGGAAACCACGUCAUCGGAAAUCGAAACAGCACCCCUGAGGCGAGCUCAGCGUCUUCCUUGCGGCCUCCUUCAUCUAGGGCUGUAGGAUCCGCCAGCUCUCUACGGGCCUCUGCAGACAUGAGUUCCAUAUCCGGGCCCGCUCCUUCCAGUCGCAUCAGACCAUCUUCGGACUUCUAUGGCCAGUCGCAGCAGUCUCAUGCCCAGGGAUCAUUCGACACCGAUUCACAGGAUAAGAUUGCUCAGCAGUGGAUUGCCGAUAUUGACCAAUAUGAGACGACGCUGGAGGAAAUGGCCGCUGCAACUCUGGAUCAAGACUUCAAGGAUGAACUAAGCGCUAUUGAGCAGUGGUUUCGUGUCUUGAGCGAGGCCGAGCGUACUGCCGCACUAUACGCCCUACUUCAGCAGACCACUCAGGUGCAGAUUCGAUUCUUUAUCCAGGUUCUGCAGCAGAUGGGCAAGAACCAUCCUAUGUCUGGUGUCCUCUCACCCGCCACAUUCGAUAAAGAUCCCAUGUCUAAUCGUCUGAGCGACGCUAUGAAUAAACUUGCAGUUGACUCGUCCCGAAAUUCGUUCACCCGUGCGUCCGCUACCAGCGCCGCGCCAGGGAAGCGCCACUCCGUCCUUGACUCGUCAACUAUAAACGCCAUGUUUCCGGACGCCGCGGCUGCUAUUGCGACUGAGAAGGCCAAGUUCACGCAGAAAACGGGAAACCCGCCGUCUUCCAACAGAAAUAGCACCGCUAUUGAUCCGCGGUCGUCACUUGCUGCUCAUCAAGACUCUCGCGAAGCUGUUGGGGCAGCGGUUUCCCCAUGGGGCUCGGAUCCGAACAAUUCCAAAGCCACUGCUUCUCAAGCAGCCAUGGGUCAAUUCACGCAGCCUGCGCCGUCGGGCGGCUUAAGGUCACCGCUACCUCAGCUGGGGAACAACGCCACGAUUCAAAAUACUACGCUCGCUGCCCCCGAGAAGAAUCCUUCAGACCUCCCGAUGCUUUCUCCUUACAAUGGUGGAGGUAGCGGCAAUUGGGCGUCUAUGGUUAACACGCCGAUGACAUCCACCUUCAACACUGGCCAGCAACCGGGUUCUCAAGCCGAUAUGGUUGCAAAUGCGACUGCUAUGAAGUUGGCUGCUCUCUCCACCGUAAACAAUCGAUUUGCUCUUGAUGAUGCUCGCAAAUACCGAAGAGCUCGAUCAAACGAUGCGCCUGGCAAUAGUCAAAUAUCGUCGCCUCCUGCCCACGCUCAUGGACUCAACAUUCCCGGUGCUAACGUCGUCAUGAUCAAUGAGCAUGGGCAAGUCCUAAGCCGAGAGCAAAUUCUUGCGCUGCAGGCUCAGCAAGGGCUCGGACUUGGUAGCCGCGCGCGACCUAAGUCCCCUGGUCUUCCCAUGCAGCAAGCCAUGGGACAAAUGCAGUUCGCGUCACCCCAGCACAACGGUUUCCUGAGUGCGUAUGAUGGCUCCGGUGUCAUGAGCAGCAGUAUUCCUGCGGUUAAUCUGGGGCAGCUGGCCCUAUCCGGACACGAAGGCUAUUUGUCGGACCACUCAGAUAUGGUUCGCGGUCGGUCGCCGAGAGGUCGGAGGGGUAGCUCGAAGCCACCGGAAGAUCCCACGGACCCGACUCUACUCCAGGAUAUCCCAAGCUGGCUGCGCAGUCUUCGCCUACACAAGUACACGGACAACCUGAAGGACAUGAAGUGGACUGAUCUCAUUGAAUUGGAUGACAAGGCGCUGGAGGAUCGUGGAGUAAAUGCUCUGGGUGCAAGGAGGAAGAUGCUAAAGGUGUUUGAGCAGGUGAAGGAUGCUAAAGCCGAGGGACGCAUUGGUUAA